ACCGAUUUAAAUACAAAAUUUUCUUUUCCUGAAAAAUUUGAGAGCCAGAGAGUUAACCGGCGGCAAGUUUCUACCCAAACUUGAAAGCUGCGAUCUCACUUCCUUCCAAUCACCUGUCAAUGUUCAGUCACUCCGUUCGUCCGUAAAACGGCAAAACAAUGCUGCGGAAUCUUCGCUCUCGACGGCGGCCCCGCUACGGCGCCCAAAUCUGCGCCCUAGCCUCCGCUCUCCUUCUCCUCCUCUCCGUUUCUCUCCUCUACUCCCGCCUCUCUUCCUCUUCGCCCCCAAUCGGCCGACACCGCCACCGUCUCUACCCCCGAAUCUCCUCCCCUCGCCGCCGCAGCGACGCCGAUUCCGCCUCCAUUAUCCGCGCGAACCCCCUGAUUUCCGACUCCAGCGACGACAACAACAGCAAUCCGGGAGACGAUGCCCCGGACAAGAUCGACGAGUUCGACAACCUGGAGGACCAGACCGACACCGCGGCCGCCGUCAACGAAGACGAACAGGACGGCGAGCAAGCCCAAUCUCGAAUCAAGCCCACCAUUUCCACAUCGGGAUAUUACGUCGACCACGUUACUGGAUCCAUUCGCCGGGCUUUCCACCGACGCUCGAUCGACGAGUGGGACGGCGACUACGGCGCCUUCGCGGCAGCGCUGGGUGCUGAGGAUGAGAGCAAGGCGGCGAUUGGGAGCGACGAUGUCCCGAUCGACGAGGAGGUGAGGAGGAAAGUGACGGAGGUUCGGGGGAUUGAAGAUGCGCUGCUGUUGAAGAUUGGGAAGAGGGUUUCGCCUUUGAGGGAAGGUUGGGGUAAUUGGUUCGAGAAGAAGGGGGAUUUCUUGAGGAGGGACAGGAUGUUCAAAUCCAACUUGGAGGUUUUGAAUCCUUUGCACAAUCCACUUUUGCAGGAUCCUGAUGGGAUUGGGAUUACUGGGUUGACGCGAGGGGACAAGGCAUUGAUGAAGCUUCUGUUGCAUCAGUACAAACGGUCUCCAUUUCUCUCGAAGAAGCCUUUGAGUGUCUCGGAAGGAACUACUGAGGAGAAAAUGGAGACCAAGAAUGACUUCAAAGGCAGGACUGAUGGCAAGCGACCAGAAAGAAGGGCUCUCGACGAUGAUGGAAGUGGCGAUUUGAAUGGGAAAAUCAUUGACAAUGUUGAUAGGAAAGAAGUCGAUAAUUUGAUUAACAGGGAUGGAAGAAGUGAUGUGAAGGAGGAUAUCAGUUUGAAGAAUGGAUCAUCUUCUGUGAAAUUGGAAAAUGAGAGAGUGGAGAGACAUUCUAAUGCAUCUGGAAAAUCGUCCGAUGGGAGUGAAGGUGGCAGUGAGAUUAGAAAAACGGAGGAUAGAGUUCAAAGUAGAGUAUCUGAAGAAUUGAAUCACCUGUUUGCAGAUGGGAAGCGAUGGGGUUAUUACCCUGGUUUACAUCCUCACUUAUCGUUUUCUGAAUUUGUGGAUUCCUUUUUCAGAAAGGGCAAGUGUGAGUUGAGAGUGUUUAUGGUUUGGAACUCCCCGCCUUGGAUGUACAGUGUUAGACACCAGAGGGGACUGGAGAGUCUUCUCUCUCACCAUAGGGAUGCUUGUGUUUUGGUGUUAUCUGAGACAAUUGAGCUGGACUUCUUCAAAAACAGCUUUGUGAAAGAUGGAUACAAGAUUGCUGUUGCUAUGCCAAAUCUUGAUGAAUUGCUCAAGGACACACCAACCUAUAUAUUUGCUUCGGUUUGGUCCGAUUGGAGGAAGACUAAGUUCUAUCCCACUCAUUACAGUGAGCUUGUGAGACUGGCAGUGCUGUAUAGAUACGGAGGCAUCUAUCUUGACUCUGACAUUGUAGUUAUGAAUCCGUUGCAUUCACUCAAUGACACCAUCGGCAUGGAAGAUGAGCGUACCGGAAGUUCUCUGAAUGGGGCUGUGAUGGCAUUUAGACAGAACAGUCGAUUCUUGGAGGAGUGUUUGAAGGAGUUUUAUAUGACAUACGAUGACACCAAAUUGAGAUGGAAUGGAGCUGAACUUUUGACUAGAGUCUGGAGGAAUUCCGUGAAACAGAAUUCACCCAUUAGCCAGCAGGAACUGAAUGUGCAGCCCUCUUACGUAUUCUUUCCUAUCAGUUCACAGGAUAUUACAAGCUACUUUGCAACUCCUGCGUCCGAAAACGAGAGAGCUGAACAAGAUGCUCUUUUCACAAGGAUCACGAGACAGUCGUUAACUAUGCAUUUCUGGAACAGCGUGACUUCUACUCUCAUUCCAGAAUCCGACAGCCUUGCAGCUCGGCUUAUCAACCACCCUUGCAUACGCUGCUCUGAUGUGUUGUGAUAUGAAUUUCCCAAAUCCAAACUGACCAAAGAACACAGACAAGAACUACAGCAUCUUACUUCCCCAAACAGAUCGAUCGAAGCGCAAAGGGGUCAUUUUCAUGCUUUGAAAAGACUGGGAAGUUGCUGGGAGGGUGGCUUGUAUAAUUUUUGCCCCUUAGCUUCAAAUUGUUAGCAGAACCUCUAUUUUUUCUUUUUCUUCAAGGAUCUUGAAACAAAUGAUAUUUUUUCUGUUGUAUAAAAUGAUGAUGAGAUAGAGCCUUGGAAUGCUGUAGUAAGAAGGAAGGUGGGCUUGUUAUACAAUAGAAUAGAACUCUGUUGAGAAUUUCAGGUUUCUCUACAACAUUCAUGAAUAUGAAGCUUCCGUUGACCAAACCCUCAAUGCUUCUUCUUCUUCUUCCUCUUCUCCAUCUUGUUCUUCUAACAGGAAUGUCAUGCCUAUAACAGCAUCACUCUGCCAUUUCUACUUGGAAAGCAUAUCUGUCUACACUACUAAGAGGAAAAGAAGCAAACAUCAUUCACAGCAACCAUUGAGAUCAUCAUGACCGCCAUUGAUGGAGCUUCCUAAUCCAUGGCAUUUGGGCCAAAGCACCUUCUCCUGGAAGGGUUCCAAACCCACUGCACCAAGAACUUCCUCCCCUUCACCCCAUUCACAUUGUACCCAUCUCCCCAGGUGUCCUUCAUCACUUGCCCAACGUACCCUCCUCCGGCGCCGGUACCGUAGAUUCCCAGGCACAAGUCCGCGAUCUCCGUCGGAUUCAUAGGGUCAUCCCCAGCAUACCAGGCGUUGACGAGCGGGUUGCUCGACAUUUCCGCCAGCUCGUGAGCAAUGACGCUGAUCAUCCCGUCCAUUCCAGCAUCCCCAUUGGGGGGCUUCAUUAGGUUGUUCCCUCCUCCGCUCGACCCGCCCGGCGGCGGCUUCCCGGAGUAAGUGGGCCAGGCGAACGGGUAAGCGCACAUCCCGGGGCACUGGGUCCCGCUGUAACCGACCCAAGCGUACGGCACGAUGGCGCCGACGACGGUCGGGAAAGUGAAGUAAUGGAACCCACAAACUGCUCGACAAAAUUCCUGAACCGAAACGUCACCGGACGUGAGCACGAGGUAGGCCCCGUCCCGAGGGUCGAGCGGCAUCCCCCUGCCGGCGGCGGACUUGAUGAUGGAUUGCAUCGUCGUGCGGGCCAGGACCCUGCCGUGGGAGUAGCCGGCGUCGUGGAAUUCGCCGGCGAGGUUGAUUUUCCCGGUGAUGUUAGAUCCCGUCUGGUCGGCGUAGAGGCGCACCGUCUGCCACCAGUCAGAGACGGAAGGGUGCGGAAGAGACGGAACGGAGAUGGAGUGGACGAAAUCUCUGACGGUGGCUUGCUGGGUUCGGCUCCAUUGGCCGUACCAGAUGAUGUAGAGAUUGACAACAGGGGAUGCCAACACAGGACCCAUGUGAUACUGCACAUUUACAAGGUCGGAGGAACCCUCGUAAUUCUUGGCUUGCCUGAAUCCUAGGUCGGCGGCUUCUUGGGCUUGGCUCCUCCAUGGAAAUGCCAUUGCAGACACGAGGAAGAAACAGAGUAAGCCAUGGAGGUUCUGCAUUUUCUUGCCUUGUUUGGGGUUGUUGUGCUGCAGUGGUUCUAAUGGAUUUGUGAAGAUAUAAAGGGGAAGGAAAUCUAGGGUUGAGGGCCAAAGAUAGUUUUCUACUAUUAUUCUGUGGUGGAUGGGGCUUUCGUUUGAUGUUCUCUCUCUCUUCGUCUUCUUCUUUGCUUUGUUCACCAUUAUUGGGGC